AUGGGUCUCCUGGGUCACACACCCAACGGGAAACCAGCCUUUCUCAACCCAAGAAUACCCCCGCAGCGAGCUAUUAGGGACCGUCUUCUACGCCAGAUCUCCCAUCGCUCCGCGCCUAUCCGUAUGCAAACAGAUACCCGUCACCUUUCACGUAACCCAGGACAAGACCUCGACAACGGUUUUGCCUUGCCCAGACCAGAACUCGCUCCCUUCGAAUUGGACUUCUCGGAACAGAAUGGUAUGCCGAGUAGUGUGGGGAGAGGUUCAUUGGAGAACCGACAAGCUGAGUCUGACUGGUUGACCAGACUGGUCGAGACAGUCGAUUCCUUGCAACAAAAGGGGGAUAGCUUGGACAGGCUGGUGGAGAAACUGUCCAAGAUGGCGGAUGAUGGGGGGUUCAGGCAGGGAACCAUGGACACAUCCAUGCUAGCAAUGCUGGUGGCGAACCCUAUUUUGCAGAUGAUGAGAGACAUGGAUAGGGAGGGCUGUGAGGUUACGGACGACAUGAUUCGGCAGUCAACCGCCGAGAUCAGGAAGCUGGCGGGCAUAACCGGAAAAGGAUUCAACAAGGUGUUGGCUCAGUUGAGCAAAAUGCAAGACACCUCUGUUGACAAGUCGGGUACCCUCAAAGUCACGGCGGAGGAAAAGGCUGAGGUCGAGGCUGAGCGGGAUCUUGCGAGGCAGCGGAACAGCCGUGCCUGCAAUCACCUCCCUUCCAUCGUGUUCUGGCAGCCUUCGUCCAGUGCAAACAACUCGCUGAGCCACCUGGCCAGCAGCAGACUGUGGAACUGGAACCCUAUCAACUUUGCGGUCUUUCUGUCGCCCAGCUCUACCGACAACCAUGACGACCUCUCGCUCGUCGACACCGCCAUGGCAGAAGCUUUCUUCUCCCGAGUUACCUACCGCGUCGCCCGACACAGGCAUCACCACUUUCUUGGCUACAGUGAAGUGAGGCUCCCAUGCGAAGCUGAGGGCCAGGGUCCGCUGAUUGUCGGCCGGGACCCUCCAUCCAUUGCUAACUGGGGAGCAUGGGCCUGCGUGAAUGCCAUGUUGCAGGGCGUGGAUGAGUACUGUUGCUGUCCAGAGGAAGCCAACUACUGCCUGAGGUAUCAAGUGUGGCGUAUCCCCCCAGGCACCGUUGGAUCGGAGCUAAACGUCUUGAAGCUGAUGUGGUUCGAUAUUGAUCCGCUGCGGACUGGGUGGGAUGUCGUGCAGGCCAUGGGCAAAAGCUAUUGGAUCCCGGUCAACUUCGUGCAGCUAUUUGCGCCUGCGAGGUAUGCCACCCAGAACCACCCGCAGUGGUGUGAUCUGUCAGCGGUCGAGGGAUUUUUCGUGGCCCUUGUCAUUGGUAACUCUUCAGGAAAACGCGACGAGUGUUUUCGACAAGCCGAGUAUCUCUUGGGAGAUGCCGAGUUGGACGGGACUGACAGUGACGGUGUGAUCAGCAAUCACUGCGAUACCAAGCGGACUACGCCCUCCACCUGGGACCAGGAGCUGCGCCGCGACGGGGACCUGGACAACUGGCGGUGCCUGAACUUUGUAUUGGCACUUUCACAGGAUCAGGCCGAGGCGCAUCGGCGCACUGCGUGCACCCGACGGGGUCAGCGGGCGCCAGAUAGCUGGAGCGUAGAACUAUGCUGUUGUCCGGAACGCACCCCAUUUUGUCUGGCCAUCCGGCUGGACAACCAGAGGGACACCAGCGGUGAGAACUACAAGUUGGUUCGGAUCAAGUGGAUCAUGCGGAGCGACAGGCUGUACGAGGCUAAUCGGCUGUUGCAAUCACCUGUCUGGCCCAUCAUGAACCGUGAGGCUGAGGAGAGACUGAAGGUGGUAUUCCAGACAGAGGUACCGGAAGAGUGUGACAACUGUAAGGCGGAUCAGGACGACGAGGAGACGGAUGAAGAUGAAGACAAUGAUGAAGAGAUGAGAGAAACUGAGCAAAAGGAAACCAUGUCGCCCCUUUUCAGCGAGAGUGAUGAUGAUGACGGUGAGGAAGAUCAGGAUGGAUCACCUGACACUCUGGACUUUACACGCGCCUACUCUCCUCGUCGGUCGCUGCCUAGGGUGGCCGAGCGGAGACCAUGGUCUGGUGAGGAGGAAGGGGAGGAUCAGGCCAGAAGCAAACGGCGUCGGGUGGAUAUCACAACCGAGAUCAGUGGGUUGAAGGGGAUCGCUAAAACCCUGAAGCUCCCUCUCCCUUAA